UCAUUCAUAACAAGUUUCCCUACUUCAAAGUGAAACGAUGUUCCUAAAAACAAUUUCCGUCCUUUCAUUAUUCCUAUUCAACUCUAUAUCCUUGUCAUCUUCAUCAGAUUGCUAUUGCGAUUAUGAUUUCCAUGACUAUCGAGGAUAUGGAUGUGAAGCAACGGGUGUAAGUUAUCUUAAUGAAUAUGAAGAAUUUAGAAUUGAAGGAGAUCACUUUCCUCUGGAUAGUGACAGUACCGUUGAAGUAAUGACAUUCAAGAAUUCCGAGAUUAGCUACAUCCCGUGGCAGAUCCUUGACACAUUUAAGAAUUUAAGAUAUUUGGAGAUAGCAAAUGCAAAACUGAAAGCUGUUAAUGAAAGAUCUCUGGAUGGCUGUGGACAUUUGAAGGAUUUGAAUUUGGAUGGGAACUUAAUCACUGAAUUACGUGCUGGUGUCUUCGAACAAUGUACUUACUUGCUGUAUCUUCGACUUGCUAAUAAUAAAAUCGACUCAAUUGACCCAAAUGCAUUUAUUGGUCUAGGAAACUUAUGGUACUUAGAUAUACAAGGAAAUUCGAUGUCGGAACUGAACUCGGCAAUUUUAUCGCCACUGUCAUCAAUGGUUCAAUUAUUCAUCGGAAGUAAUAAUUUGCAACAACUCGAUAAGAAUUUGUUCCUGAAUUCCUGGAAUCUUUCAGCACUUUACAUCUAUCGCUCACCAAUUUCCGAAUUCCAUCCAGAUACUUUCUUGUCAUUAACAAAGCUGAAUCGUUUGACAAUUUAUAAGGUUCAAAUAACAAAACUGAAUCCUGGGACAUUCCGAAACCUAAGAAAUUUGCCGUACUUAAUGAUAAGUGUUGGACAUUUAACAGAAAUAAAUGCAGACACUUUCACCGGAUUAAGCAAACUCAUGCAAAUUGAUUUGUCAUGGCAUCGCAUAACGAAAAUUGAUCCGCAUUCUUUUGACAGCCUCUCGAAUGUUGAAUAUUUUUAUAUCCCAAAUAAUCGAUUAACUGAACUUGAUAAUCAAUUAUUGGCCAGCAAUACGAAAGUCAAGUAUCUCGAUAUUUCAUUUAAUUUUAUAAAUGGUAUACAGGAAGGAUUUUUCGACUCAUUCGGCAAUAACUUGAAAUCUGUAUCUGCGAUGUCAAACGUGUGCAUUGAUAAGAAUUUUGGGAACAGCCAGUCAUCGAGUUUUACGAAUUUCACAACACAAGUGCUGCCCUAUUUUCGCAGAUGUUUUCGAAAUUAUAAUUCACGACACCCCGUAAAUCCUUGAUAAUUAUCAAACUUAUUAUCAAUGCGCAUAGAUUUGUGUCUACACACUUGUAUUUCCUGGUGUGUUGGGAGUUGUUCAUCAAUUACGUCUACUGUUGAGAUCCAACAUAUUGAGUUAAAAGGUGGGAAAGGGAGAGGAAUUGACUUAACCUGCUUCAAUGAGAGUAGCUGCAAAAGGUUAGUAGUCAGGAAGACCUUGCCACUCCGUUCCUUUGAGAUUGAAUUUCAAAUUAAAAAGAUAAUUCAAAAAAGAAAAGCAUAAAAAAUAAUUCCGGACCCUCCUUUGAGAUUUCGGAUCACCUCCCCCUCUCAAAUAUCUAGCCCUGUUUUUUGCUUCAGCCUUGGCCCCUUGUACCUGCAUAUCAUUAACUUCACCUGUCUCGUCUUGCUCUACAUACCCUUUCCUUGAAUUCUAGGUUAAUAUCAAGAUAAUUUUCUUUUUUUUCCGCCAAAAAUGUUCCAUCAAUUAAAAUAAAGGAAUGUUAUUAUUAUUAUUUUAAACUCAAAUUCUAGACGUCACUGAUGAACGACCCCAAAUAGUUUAUGCCGAAUAAAAUAAUAAAAUAAAUACACAGAUUAAUUAUUUCGUGUACUUAAUUCCUCGUAGACAAUAAAUUUUUAUUUGAACUAUUUUUAUUUUUGUGAAGGUCGUCAGAUGUAAUUCACAAAGUCUGUGCUGUAUGCCAUGGAUCUUGUAUACAAUUUAUCAACAUUUUUAUUUACUCAGUUUAUCCUUAUCAGUGUUAUUGAUGGAACUAAAAACCUUUCCUACUUUUUUUUGAUGAUUAUUAAUGUUGUUCGGUC